GCACCAUGUUCCGCAAGAAAAAGAAGAAACGCCCCGAGAUUUCAGCCCCACAGAACUUCCAGCACCGCGUCCACACCUCCUUUGACCCCAAAGAAGGCAAGUUUGUGGGCCUCCCCCCACAAUGGCAGAACAUCCUGGACACACUGCGGCGCCCCAAGCCCGUGGUGGACCCUUCGCGCAUCACGCGGGUGCAGCUCCAGCCCAUGAAGACGGUGGUGAGGGGCAGCUCAGUGCCCGUGGACGGCUACAUCUCGGGGCUGCUCAAUGACAUCCAGAAGUUGUCGGUCAUCAGCUCCAACACCCUGCGUGGCCGCAGCCCCACCAGCCGGCGGCGGGCACAGUCGCUGGGGCUGCUGGGGGAUGAGCAGUGGGCCACCGACCCAGACAUGUACCUCCAGAGCCCCCAGUCUGAGCGCACUGACCCCCACAGUCUCUACCUCAGCUGCAGCGGGGGCACACCAGCAGGCCACAAGCAGACGCCGUGGCCCGAGCCACAGAGCCCACGGGUCCUGCCCAAUGGGCUGGCCACGAAGGCACAGUCCCUGGGCCCUGCCGAGUUCCAGGGGACCUCGCAGCGCUGCCUACAGCUGGGUGCCUGCCUGCAGAGUUCCCCACCAGGCACCUCACCCCCCACCGCCACGGGUAGGCGUGGGGUGAAAGCUGCCAAGCAUGGCUCGGAGGAGGCCCGGCCACAGUCCUGCCUGGUGGGCUCGGCCACAGGCAGGCCAGGUGGGGAGGGCAGCCCUAGCCCCAAGACCCAGGAGAGCAGCCUUAAGCGCAGACUGUUCCGAAGCAUGUUCCUGUCCACUCCUGCCACGGCCCCUCCGAGCAGCAGCAAGCCAGGCCCUCCGCCGCAGAGCAAGCCCAACUCCUCUUUCCGACCGCCACAGAAAGACUCCCCUCCAAGCCUGGUGGCCAAGGCCCAGUCUUUGCCCUCGGAUCAGCCAGUGGGGACCUUCAGCCCUCUGACCACUUCGGAUACCAGCAGCCCCCAGAAGUCCCUUCGUACAGGCCCGGCUGCCGGCCCGCUUCCAGGCCGGUCUUCCCCGGCAGGCUCCCCCCGCACCUGGCACGCCCAGAUCAGCACCAGCAACCUGUACCUGCCCCAGGACCCUGUGGUGACCAAGGGUGCCCUGGCUGGUGAGGACACGGGUGUCGUGACGCACGAGCAGUUCAAGGCUGCACUCAGGAUGGUGGUGGACCAGGGCGACCCCCGGCUGCUGCUGGACAGCUACGUGAAGAUUGGCGAGGGCUCCACAGGCAUCGUCUGCCUGGCCCGAGAGAAGCACUCGGGCCGCCAGGUGGCCGUCAAGAUGAUGGACCUCAGGAAGCAGCAGCGCAGGGAGCUGCUCUUUAACGAGGUGGUGAUCAUGCGGGACUACCAGCACGUCAACGUGGUAGAGAUGUACAAGAGCUACCUGGUGGGCGAGGAGCUGUGGGUGCUUAUGGAGUUCCUGCAGGGCGGGGCCCUCACAGACAUCAUCUCCCAAGUCAGGCUGAACGAGGAGCAGAUUGCCACUGUAUGCGAGGCCGUGCUGCAGGCCCUGGCGUACCUGCAUGCCCAGGGUGUCAUCCACCGGGACAUCAAGAGUGACUCCAUCCUGCUAACCCUUGAUGGCAGGGUAAAGCUCUCAGACUUUGGAUUCUGUGCUCAGAUCAGCAAAGACGUCCCUAAGAGGAAGUCCCUGGUGGGGACUCCCUACUGGAUGGCUCCUGAAGUGAUCUCCAGGUCUUUGUAUGCCACUGAGGUGGACAUCUGGUCUCUGGGCAUCAUGGUGAUUGAGAUGGUGGAUGGGGAGCCACCCUACUUCAGUGACUCCCCAGUGCAAGCCAUGAAGAGGCUCCGGGACAACCCCCCACCCAAGCUGAAGAACACUCACAAGGUCUCCCCAGUGCUGCGAGACUUCCUGGAACGGAUGCUGGUGCGGGACCCCCAAGAGAGAGCCACAGCUCAGGAGCUCCUGGACCACCCCUUCCUGCUGCAGACGGGACUGCCUGAGUGCCUGGUGCCCCUGAUCCAGCUCUACCGCAAGCAGACCUCCACCUGCUGAGCCCAUCCUGAGUGCACCUGCCACCUGUGCCCAUAGGCAGGGGACACUGGACAGCCAGCCUGCCGGCAGGGCCUCCCUGCCUCAUUCUCUCAGUAUUCUCUCCAAAGAUUGAAUGUGAAGCCCCACCCCCACCCUCCUGCCCCUCAGCCCACCGGGCCAGGCCGGACCUGCCCCCUUGGUCCCUCUCCCUCCCGAGAGUCCCCAGUUGCCUUUGGGAUGAUGGAGGCCCCUUCUACAGGAUGACCCUUUGUUAUUUGCACAGGGAUAUUUCUAAGAAAUGUGGAGACUGGUACUCCUGGCCACUGUGGCCAACACAGCAGAAAAGGCUGCUGUGGUUUUUUUUAAGGUAGUUGUACACUGGCGUCCCAGGCCACCAUAGAGGGCAGACUGCCUGUCUUCACACGAAUACUUGCUGUUCUCAGCUCCAGCUUCAAACCUUGGGGUCUCAAGAGGGCCACAGGGAAGGUUUUUAUUACCUGAGUCCCUCUUCCGCCCUUGUGUCUGACCUCCUGAAGGCACAGUCCCACUGCACUGCUUCCUGACCACCUGCCCUGCCUCUCCCCACACGGCCAGCUCAGAGGCCACGGGACGAGUGGGGGCAUCUGCUACGUGAAAGAGAAAGAAUGGGGUUGCCGGUAAAGGUGGUCUCACUUUACAGGAUGGAGAGAACAUCGUGUGCGCUCGAGCGCGUGUGUGUGUGUGCGUGUGUGUGUGUGUGUGUGUGUAAGGGGAGGAAGGCCACCCUGACAGCCCAGGUCCCUUCAGGUCACCCACCGCCAGCUUCAAGAAGGCUGCCCCACCCUUUCUAAGUUCCAGCCUAAAGGGACCUGCUGUUUUGGCCUGGCUUCCCACCUCUCGAGUCCCAUGUUUCUACCUGACCGAUAAAGAGGUCUAUGUUGAGUCUCACAUCCUGGGGGCGCAGGUUUCUGAGUUGCUCCUGAACUGUGGAGUGUGGGGGCCAGACACAGGAAUGGUAAUGAAAUAAACUGUUUUACUUUUCAACUUCGUCUAUAACCAGGUCGUCAGCGACCUGUUCUCCUCCUCAGAACCCUCUCUGGGAGAGAAGGUGAACCACCUCCCGGGGUUCCAUCAUGUCAAGGGAAGGGGCACCCUAUUUGUGCGAACCUUCUGCCCCUGGCUGUCUCCACAGACACCUGAAUCCCUGGUCUCCUUCCUCCCCCCUUCAGGGCUGCUGUGAGACAGGGAACUCCAGGGAGGAAUUUCAGGCGUCUGGAUCGUAUCUAGAUAAUAUUUUUUAGAUUUCCUCUGCUCCCUAGUGGCCUGCUUUGGGGCAAAGAAAUUGCAAGGACUUUUUUUUAAGGGUCAGUGUUUUAAAAACAAAACCAUCUUCCCUAGACAUUUUUGUGAAUUGUUUGCACUUGUGCCUGUUUUAAAUUAAACUGAGUGUUCAGAACC